AUGUACAAAACAACCGACAGUCACUCCAUCGAUUCAGAACCAACCGUCACCAUCACUCCAAGCUCAAUGAACAACAUAUCUAAUUCCAUCCUUGAGAUCAUGCACGACCAUGCCCUCAACAAAUUCAAUGACUCCAGGGAGCGAUUGGCUGCUGGGAGGGGACAUCUUUUGUCGAGAAUUGACGCUUUUGUUCAAGCAGGUCAGCGUGUCGAAGCAUGUUUGCCAGCGUUCCCUUUCAAAUCAGCCAACAAAGUCUACAAAGUCCUUGGCUCGCUCCCAGACAAAGCUGAAGAGUUGGCUCUCGAAAGGCUGCACAGCAUGUGCACAAGAAUCAAGCAAAUCUACAAGCCUGGAGCGAGAGUAACAAUCAUCUCGGAUGGCAUUACAUACAAUGAUCUACUGUCAAUAUCAGAUCGCGAUACCUGGGCCUACGGAGAAGCUCUACGAGAGAUGGCUUUGGAGAAGAAGUUCACUUCUAUUGCUUUCUCUCGAUUACGAGAUCUACUCGACUUUCCGCUGCCCGAAAAGAUGCGAGAAAUCACAUAUGUUGCCAACUGCACAAACUUUAGACGAUUACUCUUGAACGAGUUUGGAAGGCCAGAUAUCGACAUUGACAAGGAAAUCACAGUCAACCCGGAUACGAAACUGACAUAUCUCGGCUACCGAAAAUUUCUAGAGUCGGAUUUGAAACACAUAUUCAACACCGGAGAGAAUCGUGGCCGAAAUCAAUACAAGAGAGACGUCAAGUAUCUCGCAAAGGAGAUGCUUAUGAGAGGCUAUGCGUUUGCUGGAGCAGUGAAGAAAGCAUUCCCAAACCAUGUCAGACUGUCGAUACACGAAUCGAUUGGAGAACACAAACUGUCCAUAAGCCUCUUGAACACAAGAACAGGUUACACUACGCCAUGGCAUUGCACCGUAGCUCAACUGGCAAACGGAGAGUGGGUUAGCGCUCCCAUGGGAGAGUUCCAACAGGAUCCACGUCUCGAGCUGGUCUACGAGAAUGGCCGGCCCAGCUAUUUCAAAGAACAGCCACACACGACAGAAUUUGCCGAGAUCAACGAGACAACGGCGAGCUACCUCCAGGCUCCAAAGCUUUUUGACAGUACCAAGAGUGGGUAUUCUUCGCCGAGCGCGAUGUCGUUGCGCAGUGGCUUCUCGACUCCGCCUACAUCUCAUGGUCAUUCACCCCUCAUUUCCUGGAGUGAACCUAGUGAUGAAGUCAAACCUACUAAGGCUCUAUCACCCAGUGAUGCUGAUGAGAUACCGUACGGGCGAAGACUUAUUCCUCAAAUCAUGGACCAACUGGCAACGGUGGACCCUGAACGCGUUGUGUUCUCCAUUGCAAGCGCUUCAAACGAGUCCUUAGAGUUCAAAGAGAUAUCUGCCAAACAUUUUGUACAAGCUGUUGACAAGACAGCUUGGUGGCUCCAGGAACAGGUUGGGCAGUCAGCAUCGGUCCAGCCCAUUGGCUACAUCGGCCCCCAUGAUCUACGUCACAUUCUGAUUACCUAUGCCUGCGUCAAAGUCGGCUAUGCCGCCCUUUACCUUUCUCCUAAGAACAGUACUGAAGGAGCAUUGGCAGUGCUAGAGGCAACUCAGUGCCAAAUCUGGGCCAAAGCAAGCGAAGUGGCAAUGGUACCUCUUGUCGAAGAUGUUCUACAGAAACGUCCGAUGAAGUUGCUCGAGAUUCCACUGCUUGAUCAACUCUUGGAUGCGAAGGGUACCAAGCCAUUCCCCUACACCAAGACCUUCGACAUGGCUUCUACUGAGCCUUUCUGCUAUCUCCACACGUCGGGUUCCACAGGCGUUCCAAAGCCCAUCCCAUGGACUCACGGACUCAUUGGGACAAUGGAUGCAGUCCGUUUGCUUCCCCCGGCUGAUGGUAUGGUUCCUUGGACUGCUGACUGGAAGGAAGGAGACUCGAUAUAUUCCUCUUUUCCCAUGUGUCACGGCGCCGGAAUCAUCAUGGACAUUCUGAUGCCCGCCCUUUUUGGCCUUCACUGCGUGCUUGGGCCGUCUGGCGUCAUCCCAAAUAUCUCACUUAUUGAGAAGCUUGUUAAAUCCUCGAGAAUCAACAUCUGGAGCAUGGUCCCUUCGCUCGUCGACGAGCUCGGAGAGACACCAGAUGUGUUGGCUAAGUUUCAGUCAUCACCGUCAAAGUUUAUCUGCGCAUCUGGCGGUCCGGUCACUCUCUCAAGUGCUGGAAAGGUUAACGACGUCAUUAGAGUGCUUAACCUGACUGGAACCACAGAGGGACUCUUCAUCGGCAACCUUGUGGUAGACAGAGAGGACUGGUCUUGGUUUGCUUUUCAUCCUUACUCUGGAUUCGAUUUCAAGGAAGUAGAGCCAGGAGUCUUUGAACACUGGGUAUACCGCAACGAGCAUGCAUCCUUAUUUCAGGGUAUCUUUCACACCUUUCCUGACAAGUCCUUUGUCAAUUUCAAGGACUUGUACCGGCAACAUCCUAAGAAGCCAAACCUAUGGGCUUUUAAUGGUCGCAACGACGAUCUGAUCAUUUUGUCUAAUGGCUACAAAAUCUUGCCGCUUGAAAUCGAGUCUCUCAUUGGCACGCAUCCUGCGAUCAAUGGAUGUCUGGUUGUGGGUAGCAACAAGGCUCAGGCUGGGCUCCUCAUAGAGCUGAAAGACCCUCUCUCGAAGAACGAAGAAAUGACUGAGAGCAUCUGGUCUCAUGUUGAGACUUCUAUGGCAUCGUCGCGGCUCACUGUGAAAUUAUCCCGGGACUAUGUUGCCUUUGCUCAGCAGGAUAAGCCAUUUAUUCGUACUGACAAAGGCACGGUCAAGCGCAAAGCUACCUUGGUUCUCUACGAACACUAUAUUGAGAGAUUUUAUAGCUCUCGAGAACAGGAGACGAGCUUCGUGGUUGACACAAGUUCUGCAGCAGCCAUGCAGAACUCUAUUCGAGAAAUUCUUUCGUCGUCUCAACCCGUCAUUCGCGACGCUUCUGUUGACGAUGACUUAUUUGCACUUGGCCUCGACUCGCUUGGAGUGUCAGCAGCCGUCAAUGCGAUCCGAGCUGCAACCAAGGGUUUGAGCAAACUCGCCCCCCGCCAUCUCUAUGCAAACCCUACUCUAGCAAAGUUCAACGCUGCGCUUGAGUCGAUGAUAGCUGAGGAAGAAGGAACUAAUGUUACGAAGCGACAGGUGCAGCGUCAACAAGCAAAGAUGCAACAGUUGCUCGCGCGGCGUAAAGUACAUCAGUCUUUUAGACUAAAUCCUUUCGACUACGUCAAUCCUAAUCACUACAUGGGACUCAUGUUCUACUUCCCUCUUCGCGCAAAUACAACCUUCGAGGAGACUUUUACCAAUCUACAAGCGGGACUCGACAAAACCCUGGAGCUUAUCCCUGCUCUUGGAGGGAAAAUGAUCGAAUGCUCAGAGCAAGAAGUUGGGUUCACAAAAGGUGAUUUAUGUGUUUCAGUUCCACCUUUUGGCUCCCCAGCACGUCAACGUCUAGUGUUCAAGGACCUGAGCGACGAACUUCCAUCUUUUGAGACUCUGCGAGAUGGCGGAUUUGUACCGUCCGCCUUCAGGGAUGAGCAGGUGUUGAGACAAGAUACCUUCCCACAGUUACCCGCAGACAUACUUGUUGCGCAAGCCAACUUUGUCAAGGGCGGAUGCAUUCUGGCUGUCGAUCUGAAUCAUUGCUGUUUGGAUGGAAUUGGCGCCGUCCUUGCGAUCAAAGCAUGGGCUGAGAACUGUAAGAAUCUACAAGAGGAUGCCUCGGCCUCCUGCGAGUGGUUCGAUGCAGAGAGCUUCAAUCACAACUUGCCCGAAGUUCUUCAUGAACUGGAAGGAUAUGCACGGCCGGUAGAGGAGAUCGACCCCAGUGUAUGGAACUUUUUACCAUUUGUUCCAUCAGAUGAAGCUCUUGCGAAGCAUUCUUCACAACAAGCCGAGUCCGGAACAUCGCUGCUCAAAUAUCCCCUGCACUCAGUAUGGCCACUGCCUGCUUCAGAGCGGAAGAUGGAUACGACUUUGUUUCUCAUUCCUCCCGAGAAGGUUCAGCUGUUGAAAGAAGAUGUCGCGAGAGAGUCGGGGCUCAGCGGUUCUGUGCCCUCCAUUAGCGACAUUGUUCAAGCAUUCUUCUGGCGCUCAGCGCUGAGGGCCCGCUACUCCGUAGCAAAGAACAGUGGCCGGGAAUUUGAUGCCGAUGAGUGUUCGAUCUUGGAGUUGCCCACUGACGGUCGACCAUACUUUUCGUCUCUGCUUCCGUCCACAUACAUGGGUAGCCUGCUUACGCUCAAUCGCACCAGCAUGCCCCUAGAGAAGCUUUGCGACCAGGAAACGAGUAUUCUGCACAUUGCGCAGGUGUUGCGCAGUUCAGCAGCGCGUAUGACGCCUUCAUUAGUACACGACGCUUUUACCCUGCUGCAAUCACUGCCAGAUCACUCGAGAUUUUCUACGGCAAACAUGGGCCUUGACCACAUGCACGCCAUGAUUUCCAACAUGAUGCUGUUCCAGAUGAGCGAGAUUAGUUUUGGUGGUCGCUACUUCGCCAACGGCGGCUCCCCAGAGACGAUGAGGCCUCAACUUGAACGAGGCAGUGGCCGGUUCAGGUUUUUGGUAGUAUAUCCAUUGAAGGCGGAUGGUGGAGUGGAGUUGGCGUUGGGUACCUUCCCUGAGGAACGGGAGAUGCUUGCACGUGACGAGGAGUUCACAAAUUCUUGUUCUUCUUCUUCUUCUCGCUCUCGUGCUUCUGUCGAGGAGGAGCCUCUCUUAUCGCCAACGUCCAACAUGUCUGCGGGUGCAGACGAGGCCAAGAACGGCCGACCGCAAGUUGUCAGUUCGGAACAGUCGUCGAGCUCGCCUUUCAACGACGACAAUCAUGAGGAGCAGCCGGAUCGUGAUGCUCAGGCUGGUGUCCAGGCUAUCGAGGCUACUACCAUGGCGUGGACAAAGACGAGUCUUAUCGUAGCAUACAUUAUGCUCUGGCUGAUCUACUUUGUCGAGACACUGCUGGGUGGCACUGCACUUGCACUGUUGCCCUAUGUCACUUCGGCCUUUUUCGCACACUCGCUCACGCCCACUGUUAGUAUCCUGAGCAGUGUGAUUGGCGGCGUUACCAACCUUACCAUUGCCAAAGUCAUCGACGUCUUUGGUCGGCCCCCCGGUCUCCUAUUCUGCCUGGGUCUCGGAACCAUGGGGUUGGUUAUGAUGGCUUACAUCAUGUCUGUCUUUAUUGCCGAUACGACGAAGCUGAAGAAUCGGGGACUGAUGCAGGCGCUCAUGAACACGACGGCUUUGAUUACGGGAUGGAUAGCUGGACCUGUGGCUGAGGGGUUUCUUGGGGGACCUGGAUGGCGAUGGGCUUUUGGCAUGUUUUGCAUCCUUGUACCGGCUGUUGUUCUACCGCUGUAUGGUCUUCUUCUCAGCAACUACCGCAAGGCACAGCGUCUUGGCCUCAUCCCUGAGCGCAACAGUGGCCGCAGUACGCUGCAGUCCAUCAUGCACUACAGCCGCGAAUUCGACGCUGUCGGUCUCAUUCUGCUCUCAGCUGGUGUCGGCUUGUUCCUCUUACCUUUUAACCUCUACACCACCCAAGGCAGAGGCUGGUCGUCGCCACUAGUUAUCAGCAUGCUAGUCGUCGGCAUCGUACUCAUGGUCCUCUUCGUCAUCUGGGAGAAAUUCUUCGCCCCCGUCUGCUUUCUCCCCUACCGCCUCCUCCGCGACCGAACCGUGCUCGGCGCCUGUCUCCUCUGCACCUCGCUCUUCGCCAGCUACUUCGUCUGGAACAGCUACUUCAGCUCCUACCUCCAAGUCGUCCAGGGUCUCAGCGUCAAAAACGCAAGCUACGUCACCCAAUCCUUCACCGUCCUAAACGUCCUCGUCGCUCUCUCCGCCGGCUACGUCAUCCACCGCACCGGCCACUUCAAGCUCAUCUCCAUCGUCGUCGGCCUGCCCCUCAGCAUCCUCGGCCAGGGCCUCAUGAUCCAUUUCUUAGCCCCGGGAAACAUCGGAUACAUUGUCAUGUGCUUCCUCUUCAUCUCCAUCUCACAGGGCCUCCUCAUUAUCACCGACGAAAUCGCCAUCCUCUCAGCUGGCUCCCACGACAACGUCGCAUCCAUGCUCGCCAUCGUCAGCAUCUUUGGCAAUAUCGGCGGCGCAAUCGGGUACACCAUUGCUGCGUCUGUCUGGACUGAUAUCCUGCCCUCGCGACUCAUGCGGUAUCUGCCUGCGGAUGACUUGCCAAAUCUCGUCAUGAUUUAUAGUGAUAUUACGACGCAGCUGGCUUUUCCGAUGGGUUCGCCGACGCGUUUGGCGAUUCAGCGUGCGUAUGUAGAUGCGUUUACGAGGCUGCUGUCGAUUGCGACGGGGCUUUGGGUUCUUGCUGCUGUGGGCAUUUUGCUUUGGAGGAAUAUUAAUGUCAAGGAGAUUAAGCAGUCCAAGGGGCAUGUUUGGUAAGGUGGACUUUGGAUGUAUAGUGUUAUAUAGCUGUCUUUCAUAUUUUAGAUAGGUGUAUUGGUGUUCUACAAUGAAUUGUUGACCUGGUUCUUU